GGACACCAGCAGGGAAGGUUUGAGGGAGGGCGCUGCCUCCCUGGCGGCCACCCGCAGGCCCACAGCAAGACAUGUGCAGAGGUGAGCGGAGCGCCGUCACCAGCUGCGACUCUCCCAAAGACCAGAACCAUCCCAGAGCACCCGGAGGCACCAGGAAAGCGGCUCAGAGGCAGAGGCGCCAGGGGCGGGGCUAAUGCCGAGAGGUUUCCUCUGCCCCGUUCCUUCGCAUUGGUCCUGCAACCGCUCUCGUCAGUCGCGUUUCCGCCUCCUGUCCUCCGGAAAGGUGCCCGCCUCUUGCCUUCCGGCCCGGCGCCCGAUUUCCGCCUUCCGACCCAGCUGUGGGCUGCGCCCCACGCCAGCCCGCGCCUCGCAUGGCUGCCGCUGGGGCCAGACCUGUGGAGCUGGGCUUCGCCGAGUCGGCGCCGGCGUGGCGACUGCGCAGCGAGCAGUUCCCCAGCAAGGUGGGCGGGCGGCCGGCGUGGCUGGGCGCGGCCGGGCUGCCGGGCCCCCAGGCCCUGGCCUGCGAGCUGUGCGGCCGCCCGCUCUCCUUCCUGCUGCAGGUGUACGCGCCGCUGCCCGGCCGCCCGGACGCCUUCCACCGCUGCAUCUUCCUCUUCUGCUGCGGCGAGCAGCCGUGCUGUGCCGGCCUGCGGGUUUUUAGGAAUCAACUACCCAGGAAAAACGAUUUUUACUCAUAUGAGCCACCUUCUGAGAAUCCUCCCCCAGAAACAGGAGAAUCAGUGUGUCUCCAGCUUAAGUCUGGUGCUCAUCUCUGCAGGGUUUGUGGCUGUUUAGGCCCCAAAACGUGCUCCAGAUGCCACAAAGCAUAUUACUGCAGCAAGGAGCAUCAGACCCUAGACUGGAGACUGGGACAUAAGCAGGCUUGUGCACAACCAGAUCAUCUGGACCAUAUAAUUCCAGACCACAACUUCCUUUUUCCAGAAUUUGAAAUUGUAAUAGAAACAGAAGAUGAGAUUAUGCCUGAGGUUGUGGAAAAGGAAGAUUACUCAGAGAUUAUAGGGAGCAUGGGUGAAGCACUUGAGGAAGAACUGGAUUCCAUGGCAAAACAUGAAUCCAGGGAAGAUAAAAUUUUUCAGAAGUUUAAAACUCAGAUAGCCCUUGAACCAGAACAGAUUCUUAGAUAUGGCAGAGGUAUUGCCCCCAUCUGGAUUUCUGGUGAAAAUAUUCCUCAAGAAAAGGAUAUUCCAGAUUGCCCCUGUGGUGCCAAGAGAAUAUUGGAAUUCCAGGUCAUGCCUCAGCUCCUAAACUACCUGAAGGCUGACAGACUGGGCAAGAGCAUUGACUGGGGCAUCCUGGCAGUCUUCACCUGUGCUGAGAGCUGCAGCUUGGGUACUGGCUAUACAGAAGAAUUUGUGUGGAAGCAGGAUGUAACAGAUACACCGUAAAGGCAUCUUAAAGCCUUGAAAAAUGUUAAUAAUCUUUUAUACCUUGCAAUUCCAUUUCUGGGAUUUUAUCCUAAGGAAAUACUUAUACCAAAAAUAGAGGUGCAGAGAUGUUGACAGAUUGCUUACACAGUGUCUACUUAUUAGUGAAACAAGUGUCCAGUGACAGGGAAUUAAAUAAAUUUUGGUACAUCCACAGAGGAAGGCUACACAGUCUUAAUUAUAACACCUAUAUUGACAGCAGACAUACCAUUAUAGGUGGUAUUCAUGGUAUGAUCCUAUUCUUGUAAAAAUAUUUGUAUGUAUGCACAGAAAUCUGCAAAGAUGUACACUUAGUGCACUGGUUACCAACGAAUGGUGGGACUAACUAAAAUGGUCUUUUUACUUACAUGUGCAUUUCUUUUUAUAAUACAAAUGGGUUAUAUGCCUAAUGAAGUCAAACCAUCUCACUCUGAGCAUUUCCCACCUUAAGUUUUUUAAAACACAAAAAUACUUAGGUAAAACUCCAACAAACUUGUCUGAUCAUUAGCUGAUUAUCACAGGCUCUAGUAUGUACUGGAAGCCCAGAAUAUUUGAGAAGUACCAAACCUCAGGUUGGUGAGUAUGAUGAACAGGAAACCCAGUAAUUCUGAAGCAGCAGUAUCACAGUUGGCAGGAUGAGGAACAACAGUGGCUUUGUGAUCACAGAACUGGAAUUUAAAGAGGCUGGACCUUCAGAACUGAUCUUGGUCAGCCAGCGGCCCUGCUUACAGAUGAGACACUGAAAGGCAAAAGGCGAUAGUCUUCCCUUUCCGUGUCAGCAUUGUAUACAGGUUCCCUAACGCAUAUACAAGGGUUAUGGAAUGUAAGCCAAACUAAGGGUCUGGCCUAGGAGGCAGCAGCCUGAGGAAAGGAAGGCCCUGAAGUCAGUUUUCAAAGGGCUGACCCUUGGCCUAUUAUGUUUCUGAUACAUUUGUUUAAGCAAGUGGCUCCUAAGACUACACUAAGGUUUCUUCCAUCCCCUAGCAGCUCACAGUUGACAAUUCCCAGUUCUCUAAGCACCAGUGAUGCCUGCCCUUAAGACACAUUGCUGUUGAUCAGUGCUUGAAUACUGACAGCUAAUUCUGAUAAAUUUCUCAGGCUUAUUUCCUUAAUCUACAUUGGCUCACAUUGUCCCCUAACACAUCCCUGUUAACUGAAAUGCAUUGCCACCAUAAAUCCUCACGUUUUCAUAGGUAACAUCACUUGCUAAUGUAAUUGUCUACUUGGCUAUUUUAUUUGUAAUUUAAAAAGUUCUGUCCUAGUAGUCCAUAUUAUAUAAGUAUACAUAUGCAAUUUGUAUUAAUUGUAUAAGAUAGUUAUACAUAGCACCAUAUGGGAAACUGCAGUAUGGAGUUUCUCCCAUGGGGAGGUUAUCAGCUACUUAAGAGCUAGAGGAUACUAGUUUUGAACCUGGGAUGGCUAAAUCUAUGAGAAUCACCUAUAACUAUGGUGUCACAGCCUGUGGCUACUGGAGUAAGUUGUCAUCAACUAGUGACAAGAGCUGGUCGCAACACGUAGUAGGAAGCACAGUGGCAUAAGGAAACCUGGACUAGUGGGGCCUUUAUAUCUAAAAUUAUGUAUUAUUCCUUAUAGGCAGAAUCUGUAAGUACGUUAUGACUGCUAAUGGCUUUUAAAGCAAACAUGUUACGAUCUUUCUGUGGUAAAAACUGUUAUUUGGGGACAUCACCAGAUGAUGUGGACAUUCUUGCAGGUAUUUUGGCGUACCCAGGCAAGCUGUCAUUGGUGUAUAUUCCAGUUAACCUCUGGAGAUGAUCAUAACAGUUUACAGGGCCUUUCCAUUUGGGAUGGAUAUAUCAGGAGGGAGACAAACUGGUCCAAAUCACCAGAAAGAAAAUCUCACAGCACCGACUUGGCAUCUGUGUUAAAAAAUAGCAACUAUAUUUAAAAUAAACUGUACAACAUAAAAAAUUUAAAUUAAAAAAUGCAUUAAGCAAGUUGCCUUUAGAAAUGUGAAGACAUUUUAAAACACUACAAGAUAAUGAGCAAGUCUCACCUACAUAAUCAUGGCUCCACAGACGGUGCCAGUCCAUGCAUUCACCAUUUCUCAACACUUACACAGUUUUAAGAUCUGCCUGGUUCAGAUACUGUCCAGCCACAGCAGCUCCCUCUGCUGUAGAGAGCAGCAUAUUCAGCUUUGCCUUUUUAUUUCAGAUACUGAAUAUCCUUUGGCAAUUUCAGAUAUCACAGCAAAAAAAAAAAAAAAAAAAAAAGUUCCAAGUGUUUUUGGCAAUCAUAUUGGUGAUAGUGUUUUUGUUACUCUUAAGAAUGUUAUGGUGGAGGUGGGAGGAUGGCUUGAGCCUAAGAGUUCAAGACCAGCCUGGGCAACAGUUGAGUGACUUUGUCUCUACAAAAAUUAAAAAAAAUUAGCUGGGUGUGUUGGUGUGCACCUGUAGUCCUAGCUAGCUACUCCGGAGGCUGAGGUGGAUCACUUGAGCCCAGGAGUUUGAGACUGCAGCAAACCAUGAUUGUGCCACUGCACUCCAGCCUGGGCAACAGAGACCGUGUCUCAAAAAAAAUUGCACAUAUAACAGAUAAAGUAAUGAUAAAGUAAAUAUGUAAAGUAAAUGAGUAAUGGGACAUUCUAAUUCCUCAUCCCCUAUGUCUUUAAGAAUUAAAAAUUCUCAGUGUAGAAGAAAGAGUGUAAUACAGAAUUGGUUGAAUAAAAACCCUAUAAGCUUUGAAUUUGAAUUGGAUAUACAAUUGGUAAAAUAAAAACUCUAUGAGCUUUGAAUUGGA